CACCCCAAAACACACGGGCGACCUUUUUAAAGUUGCGUCUACUCUCAGUUUUUUAGGUUGCAAUCCUAUUCACUCCCUGUGCUUUCCUUUCCCAACUCACAUUUGAAUUAGGUCUUAAUUUGUCAUAACAAAGAUGUUGUUGACCGAAUCAUCUCGGGAGGAAAAUGUUUACAUGGCCAAGUUGGCCGAACAGGCUGAACGAUAUGAGGAAAUGGUAGAGUUCAUGGAAAAAGUUGCGAAGACAGUUGAAGUCGAGGAGCUGACAGUGGAGGAAAGGAACCUCCUCUCUGUUGCUUACAAAAAUGUGAUUGGGGCUAGGAGGGCUUCAUGGAGAAUUAUCUCGUCCAUUGAGCAGAAGGAAGAGAGCAGGGGAAAUGAAGAUCAUGUAGCGAUUAUUAAGGAUUAUAGGGCAACAAUUGAAGCAGAGCUCAGCAAGAUUUGUGAUGGGAUUCUAAGCCUUCUAGAAUCACAUCUUAUUCCCGCAGCCGUAAUUGCUGAGUCUAAGGUGUUUUACCUCAAGAUGAAAGGUGAUUACCACAGGUACCUAGCUGAAUUUAAGACUGGACCUGGUAGGAAAGAGGCUGCAGAGAGCACUUUGUUGGCUUACAAAUCUGCUCAGGACAUUGCUCUUGCUGAACUAGCUCCUACCCACCCAAUAAGGCUGGGGCUUGCUCUUAACUUCUCUGUCUUCUAUUAUGAAAUCCUUAACUCACCAGACCGUGCUUGCAAUCUUGCAAAGCAGGCUUUUGAUGAGGCUAUCUCUGAGCUGGAUACGUUAGGUGAAGAGUCAUACAAGGACAGUACAUUGAUCAUGCAACUUCUCCGAGACAACUUGACUCUGUGGACUUCUGAUAUCACGGAUGAUGCUGGAGAUGACAUCAAGGAAGCAUCAAAGCGUGAAUCAGGGGAAGGGCAGCCGUGAUGAAUUCAUCAUAGAAGAUGUGCUCUGUACUAUUCAGUCUGUGACCCUAAUAUAGAUGCCAUUUGGGUUGUUGUAUAAGUAUUUACUUAAUGAAGUCGAACAUCUUUAGUGCGGGUGGUGCUCAGGGUUGAAAUGUUCCCAAAUUAUAAUUUGUUUUGUUUCAAUCUGGUUUGCUUCCUUCAAAUAUUUGUUUUUCCUAUAUUCUUCAAUUUGACCCAUUUUAAGUGCCA